AUGAGCAUGGAAACAUCGGAGGUCCUCCGGAUUAUCGCUAAGCUCAAUACACGCGCAGAUCGUGCAGAGCGGGUGGUAGCCAAGUACGAGCAGGCGCUCGCAGCUGAACGUCAAACAUCGGCGCAAAUCCGGCACGAGUCGGAAAAGCUUGCCACCCUUGCAGAGGUCCUUUAUGAGACCAAUUGCAGAAUGGGGAACUUUUUGGACUUAUUGAUUGGGAAGCAAGAGAUCAAACAGCCAGAUGGAAGCCCUAUGUCAUUCGACGCCAUGUUUAAUCUGGUGCUCAAGCAGUCCGAGCAAGCCGAGCAAAAUCAACAAUCUCAGAACGGCGAGAAGACGGAUGUGCAACAGACUGCGGGUCCAGCAGACGGAAAACUUGACGAAGCCUGA